UGUUACGCUGGGGGGAGUUCAGCUGCAGGCAAAUGGAGUCAGAAGCCAGCAGGGACGGGAUACUUUCACAAGGCAACACCUUGGGUGAAGUCUUCGACAAUGAGGAGAUUCAGCAGAUAUGCUGCAGAGCUCGAUUCAACGUGUUUGCAUUGAAGAACGGCAGAGUUUACACUUUGAUCAACGAUCAAAGGCAGCGAGGACAGCCAGAGCUGGUUAAAGAGUUGAAAGAGCACAAAAUUUGCAGCGUGGAUAGUGGAACUGCGUACAUUCUCUAUGUCUCUGAAGCUGGGAAUGUGUUUUUUAGUAAACUUCAGAACAAGAAACGCAGACUUAAUGCAAGGCCAUUCAACAUCACAGUGCCACGGUUACUAAGAAGCUUUGCAGAGAUGUGCGUUAUUCAGGUUGCCUGUGGAAACAAUCACUCACUGGCUCUCUGUAAAGGUGGUCAAGUCUUUGCCUGGGGACAGAACGUCGGAGACCAGCUGGGUCUUGGCAGAGCUGGUCACCAUGUGCUCAGACCCCAGUGUGUGGUGGCACUGACUGGAAUCCCUGUGGCUCAGAUUGCGGCAGGAGGAACACACAGCUUUGCUCUCUCGCACUCCGGGGCAGUGUUUGGUUGGGGGAGGAACAAUUGCGGACAGCUGGGGCUGGGUGACACGAAAACUCGUCAUCUUCCCACGUAUGUAAAGCAGUUAGAGUGUAAGAAGAUAGUCUACAUUUCUUGUGGAGCACAACACACUGCCCUGUUGACUAAGCAACAAUGGGGCAUGAUGUAG